UCCUUGAAUUCAGGUACUCACUGAUGAAAUAAUUAACAAUAUUGGUUUCACAGUUAAUGGACAGUCCUACUGGGAGAGUAUUACCCAUAUCCAAAAUAGUAUAUGGAGACUAUCUGUAGACUCACUUGGCUGUAUUUCACAGGUUAAGUAUGCUUAAAUAAGCUGGUGUGGUUUUUGUCGUUUUUAUCUUGUUUGCAUUCUAGCAAUGCAACUGUAAUCCUCCUAGUUAAUCCAGAAUCAGGAAAAGUAUUGGAAUAGGUAUUACACAGAUAAGAACAAAGUUGUGGCACUCACUUGAAAGAGCUGGCUCCCUAAUUAUAAGAGGAGGGAAAAAGUGGAUCUUGGCAGAUAGAAGCAGUGAUAUAGUAUUAGCCAGUAGAGCAUGUUAUUUCUCUAACAGGGGUGGUCUGGUUCAUGUUUCUUCUAAGCAUCAUGGUGAAAGUACAGCAUGUGAAAACUCAUUAAGGUGAUACAUUUCAAAAUUUAGUAAGUGAACUAUGUAGGCAUUCUAGGAGGGACUCAGCUUCCAAGUAAGAAGGGCAAGAUGGUAAGAUGGGAAGAGAUGUUGUGAAGAGGAAUGAUUUGAUUGGUUGGUUGGUUUUUGUUUGGUUUGGUUUUGUUUCCCAAAGAAAAGUGAUUUUUAGUUCAUACUAGCCUUGUAUCUUUUAUUGGUCCUAGCUCUACUGAGUUACAGUAAAAUGUAAUUUUUUUUAAAAAAAUAGUUAUUUUAGGAAGUACAUUCAGCUCUUGUAAGUAUCUAAAUGUAUACUUUAUAAAGAGAGUUGAUUUCUAAGUGUAGGAAUAUUAAUGCUGUUAAAUAUAGACUUUUUCAGGCAUACCUUACAUUUAAAAUAGUCUAGGCAUACCUUAGAUUUAAUUUAACAAAUUCAGCACAUGGAUUUCUGGCACUUUGUCAAAUUUGAAACUUUUAAAAUUAGAUAGGGCAGAUCAGUCUGCUGCUUUUGAAAUGGUUUGUCCUUUCUAGAAGGGUGGAAAUGAGCAGUUGUAGUGAGGAGGUUUUGAUCUUAAUCAGCUUUCUGUAGGCUGACUGACAUUAGUAGGAGUCUUUUAAGAAGUAAAAAGUUAAUAACAGAGAAUAUCUAGUGAUGAUGAUUACACUUCAAACUUUUGUAUGCUGAGCUCAAAGAAUCUUAACAUGUUUAUCAAGGACUAGUUCUUGGUUUUGUAUUAAAUGAUUUUAAAAAGGAAGAGAUUUAGCUUUUUCUAAUGUGACUUUUUCUAUUUUUCAACUUUUCCCCACGGAACUGCAUAAUUUCUACUUAAGAUUUUUACUGUGUGCCAAAUAGAGAUCUGGAUGGAGCUAGCGUACCCUCUGAACUCAGCUUUUUCUACCACAAAAAUUGAUGUCAUUUUAGUUGUCAGAUUCAUUAGUCAAAUAUCUUGUGCACCGUGACUUGAUUUUAUGUAUGCAAAAACUUUUUGAUUUUGAAAUGUUGAUCGUGUUAAAAUUCUUAAGAAAGAUGUUUUAUCUGUGAUGUUUUCUGUCCCUAAAUGUACUGGAAAAGGGCAGAUAGUAUUGCAUACAUACCGUGCUACUUCCAUCAUAGAUCAUAUGGAGUAGCUCAUUGCUCUUACCCUUCCAGCACACUUACAUGCUUUUCAGUCAGGCACAAACCCUGUCUGUCUAAGUCCUUGAUAUGCUCUGGCUUUUCCAAGAGCUCACAGGUCAGUAAACAUUGUCUGAUGGAUGCCCCUCUAUAUGUGUGUUCAUGAAAAGUAAUUAAUCUAAUGGUCCAUGUUGUCUUUAGCUCUGCCUGCUCUUAGUGAAAGGAGACAGAAAAGUGUCUGGGCUGUGCAGUGGGUUCCCAAACCUGCAGUGUGAAUGCCAGCUUCUUAUACCAGUGUUCAUUUCUAGUGCCGUGUUGAUUAUGCCGGGCUUGAAAUGCCGUGUUUUCAGUCAUUGUGGUAUCAACUGACACUCACGUGUCCUGAAGGUCCCUAGAGUGUGGGUUCAGCAGUGGGCCGUGUGUGCCUCAAUCCGGAUUGUGUCACCUGCUCUGCUUGCCACAGGCUUCACAGGAAGUAACAGAUGCGGGUGAAAGAUCCAUCAAGAACGAACUCCGAGAAGCCGAAGAGAAGCAAAAGGCCUAACAGGCCACAGGAUGAGGACUCUUCAGAUGAUAUUUCAGGCUUAACCUGCCAGCACGUGAGCCAAGCAGUGGAUGUGCAUCAUGUGAAGAGAGCAGUGGCUCAGAGUGUCUGGUCCAUAUGUGCAGAAUGUCUGAAGGAGAGGCGGAUGAGUGAUGGUGAGCCCACAGCACCUUCAGACAUAUGGCUGUGUCUCAAGUGUGGCUCUCAGGGAUGCAGUAAGAAUUCGGAAGGCCAGCAUUCUCUGAAACACUUCCAAACAGCACGCGCAGAACCUCAUUGCAUCGUUAUCAACCUCAGCACGUGGAUCAUAUGGUGUUAUGAAUGUGAUGAAGAGCUGUCAACACAUUGCAACAAAAAGGUUCUGGCUCAAAUAGUUGACUUUCUUCAAAAACAUGGUGCCAGGGCUGAACCAAGUUCAUCAAAAAUCUUACGUCUUCGUGAAGAAAACAGUGAAACAAGUGAAAUACUAAAAGGAAAAAAUUCUGGCAAUGGUGCAUCAAUUCCAGUUAAAGGAAUAAAUAACUUAGGAAAUACUUGCUUUUUUAAUGCUGUCAUGCAGAACUUGGCACAGACUCAUGUACUAAAUGAACUGAUAUAUGAGAUGAAGGAGAAAGGAACAAAGUUAAAAAUCUGUCAUGCUUCAGACUCCCAAUUGGAUCCUUUGGUGGUAAACCUUUCCAGCCCGGGACCUUUGACUUCAGCGAUGUUCUUGUUCCUUCACAGUAUGAGGGAGGCUGGAAAAGGUCCUCUUUCUCCCAAAGUGCUGUUCAGCCAGCUUUGUCAAAAGGCUCCUCGAUUUAAGGGGUUCCAGCAGCAGGACAGCCAGGAGCUUCUGCACUAUCUGUUGGAUGCAAUCAGGAUUGAGGAGACAAAGCGUAUACAAACUGCUAUCUUAAAAGCAUUUAAUAAUCCAACUACUAAGACGGCAGAUGAAGAAACUAGAAGAAAAGUCAAAGCAUAUGGAAGAGAGGGUGUGAAGAUGAACUUCAUAGAUAGGAUCUUUGUUGGUGAAUUGACUAGCACUGUCAUGUGUGAGGAAUGUGAAAAUAUUUCAACAGUAAAAGAACCUUUCAUUGAUCUUUCACUUCCUAUAAUAGAGGAGAGGGUUGCAAAACCCAUGCCUUUGGGAAGAACAGGUAAAGGUAAAAGUGUACAGGAGGCAGAUCUUGGUCAGUAUAACUGUUCUUCUAUCGGUACACUGAAUAAUCAACCCAAAAUUGUCAAGAAACACACUUUAACAAAAGAUAAGAACCAAUUGAACCAUGAGAGACGGCUUGCCAGAAAAGCUUCCUUGAAGGAAGAAGAAAGAAGUCCUGUUAUCAUGCAGGAAAAAACCAAAAAGCUUGAGCUGGAAGGUAGCUCUGGCGUCCUGUACUCCAAAGACACAACUGCUGACUCAGCUGUCAACGGCAGUCAGACAGAGGGCAGUGAGAAGGAAGCCAGCCGCUCUGAAAGCAGCUUUGAUGCCGACAGUGAAGCCUCAGAAAGCGAAAGUGCUUCUAAGCAAACAACUUUGAGCCCAUCCAGCCACACAUCUGGUUUGCACGUCAACCAUGUAAAUGUUAAAAUGCCGCACAAAAAUGGCAGUAAUGAAGAGGUGAUUUCCAGUGCCAUAUCCAAACUUGGCUUCUGUGAUCCAAUAAAUGAAGAUAAAAAAUUGAGCCGUGGAGAUCCAGCGUUAGGUUUAUCAAAUAAUUCUGUGUUCUCAGUAGAUAAAUCUUCAUUAUCCCAAACCCCUCAAAAUGCUUUCCAGACGCUUUCCCAAAGCUACAUAACUAGCUCAAAGGAAUGUUCUGUUCAGUCCUGCCUUUACCAAUUCACCUCUGUAGAGCUCUUAAUGGGGAACAACAAGCUUUUAUGUGAGAACUGCACGGAAAGGAAACAGAAGUAUCAGAAGAAAACCAACUCCACAGAAAAGAAAAUGGAAGGUGUCUACACAAAUGCUCGGAAACAGCUUCUGAUUUCUUCAGUUCCUGCUAUUCUUAUUCUCCACCUGAAAAGAUUCCACCAGGCUGGUUUGAGUCUACGGAAAGUAAACAGGCAUGUGGAUUUCCCACUGAUUUUAGAUUUAGCACCAUUUUGUGCUGCAUCUUGCAAGAAUGUUACGGAUGGUGCAAGAGUGCUCUAUAGUCUUUAUGGAAUAGUGGAGCACAGCGGGUCAAUGAGAGGUGGUCACUACGCGGCGUACGUGAAAGUCAGGCCAUCCUCCAAGAAAUUACUAGAGCAUAUUUCUACCACUAAAAAUGUUUUGGGUUUAAAAGAAGCCAUGGGAGCAUCAGGAGGACAGUGGGUGUACGUCAGUGAUGCCCACGUUCAGAUGGUUCCAGAAUCGAGAGUACUCAAUGCACAAGCAUAUCUACUUUUUUAUGAAAGAUUAUUACUAUAAUUCUUAACAAUUUAAUUUCAAAGAUGGUAGUGGGUACUUAGUUUAUCUUAUUUAAAGCUGCAGUGGUAAGAGUACCUGUAAAUAUUGUGCCUUUAUCUUGUAGAGAAUUUAUCAUCUGUUGGCUCUGAAGUUUAGUCAAGCUAUUAUAAAUAUCUGAAUGGUUCUCUUAAAGUAAGCACUUUGCCAAACAUUUAAAAUUCCUGAGUUCAUUAUAAUGCAGUACCAUUAGAAUGUAAGAUUAUGUCCUAUCCUACUGAGGUCUAGGGAAAGUUUGUUUUUGAUUAUGAAAAAGAUAAGCUUUCACCCAUAGUUCUGGAACAGCUGAGAAUAGAAAUGCUGAUAGUGUUAAGUGCCUGGAUUUGCUGGUGUACAGUAACAAUACAAAGUAUUUCAGCUUUCUGUGAUCUAGUCCAGAUCCUUCCCAUCACUGGGUUGGAUGUCAGCUUGUUAAGUUUUCUGCAAACAAGAACCUGUCAAAUCAUGUCUCUUCCAUGUUUAGUAACUGGAAAGCAGUGUCCUUCCAGAAUGGAGUAACAACAGCUGUCUGGGUAAUACUUCAGUGAACUUUCCUGAUAAGACCUGGGAAUAGAUUGGGAAAACGUGGCUUCUACAAAGUGACAGUGAAUCCUCAGAUACCCAGUACCCUUUCAGCUGUCUCCAACUGGCACUGGUAUAGCAACGUACUCCUGUUUCAAUAUAAAUAUAUACUUGGUGUGCAUACGUAUAUCCUCUGAGAUAUAUACACACACCAAAAUCCAUCACUAUAUAUUCUCAUUCUACCUAGUAGGAAAGUGAUUUGCAAAUACUUCUGUAUUUAGUAAUUUUUCAACCUCAUAAUUAUGACAAUGUACAGCAUAUAAGCUUGUAUAUGUACAGAGUUUAAGCAUAACUCGGUAAAUUCUGUUACUUUUGGUUCCAAACAUGAAUUUGUUUAUCUGUUCCUGAAUACUUUUCUCACAGGAGAAAUAAACUAUAAAUUCUUUUUGCA